ACAAAGGGCCGAGCGGCUCCCGGCAGCCCCGGGCCGGGGCGGGGACGUUGCAGGGCGCUGCUGCCUCCCUCCCUCCCUCCCUCCGCGGGGAGCCCGGGCCGAGCAGCGGCCGCGCCACGGGGCUGGGCCACGGGGCGACCUUCGGGGCCGCGGCUUCUGCGCCCGGCCGAGGGGGCUUCCCCGCGGGGCCGGGCCGGGCCGGGCCGGGCCGGAGACCAGGGUUUCCAGUUUCCAAACCUGAUGUGAUCUCCUGCCUGGAACGAGGGGAAGAGCUGUGAGUCCCCGAUCUCCAGGGCUCUGAGGAAAGAGAGCUCCAGAAAGGUGCCCAGACAGCAGGAAGAUGCUGAGCAAGUAGAACCACAAUGGACAUUAGCAGGAAGAUCAAAAUGGAAAGUUUCUUGGAGUUGUGCAGAGGCAAGAGCCUGUGAGAGUUAGCACAGGCCAGAGAAAAGCUUUGGUACAUUAUUAGAUUUUCUUUCCCAUGAAAGAAUGAACAUGGGAGAGAGACCCUACACGUGCCUUGAGUGUGGGAAAAGUUUUAGUCAGAGCUCAACUCUCAUCACACAUCGGAGAAUCCACACUGGAGAGAGGCCGUACACAUGCCCUGAGUGUGGGAAAAGCUUCAAUCGGAACUCACACCUCAUCACACAUCGGAGAAUCCACACAGGAGAGAGACCCUACACAUGCCCUGAGUGUGGGAAAAGCUUCAAUCGGAACUCAAACCUUAUCACACAUCGGAGAAUCCACACAAAAGAGACUCCCUACAGAUGUACUGAGUGUGGGAAAAGCUUCAGUCACGGCUCAGCUCUGAUUACCCAUCGGAGAAUCCACACUGGAGAGAUGCCCUUCACAUGCCCUGAGUGCGGGAAACGCUUUAAUCACAGCUCACACCUCAUCACACAUCAGAGAAUUCACACAGGAGAGACACCCUACAUGUGCUCUGAGUGUGGGAAAAGCUUCUGUCGGAGAUCUACUCUUAUCACACAUGAGAGAAUUCACACGGGUGAGACACCUUACUCAUGCUCUGAGUGCAGGAAAAGCUUCAGUGAGAGUUCAGACCUUAUUAGGCAUUGGAUAAUCCACACAGGAGAGAAACCCUACACAUGUCCUGAGUGUGGGAAAAGCUUCAACCACAGCUCAAACCUGAUCACACAUCGGAGAAUCCACACUGGGGAGAUGCCCUACACCUGCCUUGAGUGCGGGAAAAGCUUCACCCAGAGCUCACACCUUAUCACACAUCGGCGAAUCCACACAGGAGAGCGACCCUACACAUGCUCUGAGUGCGGGAAAAGCUUCAACCAUAGCUCAAACCUCAUCACACAUCAGAGAAUCCACACAGGAGAGACACCGUAUAUAUGCUCCGAAUGCAGGAAAAGCUUCAGUGAGAGUUCAGACCUUAUUAGGCAUUGGAGAAUCCACACAGGAGAGAAACCCUACACAUGCCCUGAAUGUGGGAAAACCUUCAACCACAGCUCAAACCUGAACAAACAUCGGCGAAUUCACACUGGGGAGACACCCUACACCUGCCUGGAGUGUGGGAAAAGCUUCAGCCAGAGCUCACACCUUAUCACACAUCAGCGAAUCCACACAGGAGAGCGACCCUACACAUGCUCUGAGUGUGGGAAAAGCUUCAAUCGGAGCUCAAACCUCGUCACACAUCAGAGAAUCCAUGUAGGGAAGACACUCUUCUCAUGCUCUGAGUGUGGGAAAAGCUUCAAUCGGAGCUCAGCCCUUAUUAGUCAUCAGAGAAUCCAUAGAGGAGUGACAAACUACACAUGCCCUGUGUGUGGGAAAAGUUUUAAUAAGAGCUCAAUUUUCAUCAAACAUAAGAGAAGCCACACAGGCGAGUAAUACCAUAAAUCAGGGGUUCUCAACCUUUUUCUUUCUGAGGCCCCCUCAACUUGCUAUUAAAAACUCCAGUGCCCAGCGGGGGUGGGUAGUGACUCAGAUCUGGGCCCAGGGGUGGGAUCCUUGGCCGUAGGUGUACUUUGACUUCUAUUUUUGGGGGGUAAGGGCUGGCAAGGCUUGGGCUAGCUCCACACAGCUGGAUCCAGGGAGGAAGUGCCACCUCCACCCCCUGACUCACCUCAGCAGCCACUUACCUGUCUGGGGUUUUGUGCCGGUGGCUGCUCCCCAAUGGCUCUGCUAGCCUUGGAGCCAGGUCCCUGCCUGGGCAACUGUAACCGGCUGCGUGAGCAGUCAAAGUGGGCUGGGAGCUGAGGAGCAGCUGCAACCCUGAGCACCAGCAGCAGAUGGGGGAAUGCCAGGGCUGCCCACUCCAUGACACCAGCAGCCAGAGGAGCAGCUGCCCCGCACUACCUGGCUCCAGAUUCCCAUCUCUGACCUGGCCAGAGGUGGGGUUUGAGGGGGGCUGAGGGAGUGGAGGAGGUGCGGGGGUGAAGCUGCCCCCAGGACUGCCAUAUUCUGGGUUUUCCACCAAAGGCAUCCAAUGAAGUGAGCUGUAGCUCAUGAAAGCUUAUGCUCAAAUAAAUUUGUUAGUCUCUAAGGUGCCACAAUUACUCCUUUUCUUUAUUAUGGGUAAGGCACUGCAGUUUGGGGCGGCAACACCCUUGUGCCUCCUCAACUUUGCUCAUGGGCUCCGGGCUUCAGCCCUGUGCUGCUCCCGGAUUCCGUGGGGGGAGCUUGGGGUUUCAGCUUCCUGCCGCUCUGACUUCAGGGGAGGGAGGGGAGCUCAGGGUUUCAGCCCCACACCUCUCCCAACUUCGGUGGGGGAUGGAAAGAGGGGAGCUCAGAGUUUCAGCCCUGUGCUGCUCGUGGCUUCAGUGGCUGGGGGGAGGGGAGCUUGGGGUUUCAGCCCUGUGGCGGGGCGCUGGGACUCAAGGUUUCAGCUGUGGGUCCAUAUGGACUCCCUGAAAGGGCUUUCAGAACCCCAGGGGCCCCCAGACCCCCAGUUGAGAACUGCCACCAUAAAUGUCUUAGGGCUAGCCAAAGAUUUUUUUGUAAAAUACAGGAGCGAAUUCCCACGUAGUUUGUACCAUUUUCUUCAGUGUGGUCUCUCAGCUCCACGUGAGUUGCCUGCCUCUGUCUUUUGCCCCUUCUCCUUUGGGGUGAAUCCCAUCCUCCUUUAUCAACUCCUUUACUUUAGAAGUCCUGGGAGUGUGUCCUUCUCCUGCCAGAAAUAUCCAUCAGCACCAUGUGCGGGAGAUAGUGUUCACCUUGACUAGCUACACUGAAGUAAAAAUGGCCUGUGCCUUGUCUCCCCUGGGAUUGUACAUGGAGGUAGCGGCUCAGCUUAGAGAUCUUGUAACAACGCAACUACGUUCGUAGUGCAGACAUAACCUGGGUAGAGUGGCUGGGGUUAGCUUCCCCUGGACCUGAGCUCACCACCAUCAUUUUUCCUACUCUGGACAAACCUGAGCAUCCCGUCGAUUCCAUUCCCCCAUUACAAAGUGAUUGAUAGUCACUGUGUUCCCCCUUGGGGACAGAUUGUCUCAAUCCCAGUUGUUCUCACCUUGCUCGGGGUUUUGCAGGACAAAUAUUUUUUCUACCAUUUUCUUCAUGUAUAAUAGAUUGAAAUAUAACAAAGUGGGGUAGGAAAAAUGUCAUUUCAUACUCUGUGACACCUGAUGGAGACGGAGUGAGUCAAAGGGAUUCCCUCCUUUCCCAUCACUGUCACAAUCCCCCCCCCCCCCAUGCACCAGCAGCAUUAGCUUCUGUGUAAGCCACAAUAGCGUUUAUCCUCCCCUCGUUCUACCCCUGCACCUCCCAAAGUGUCACAUGAUGCCGUGUUCUGAGCGCUUCCUGUUCUUAGGUGUCACACUUUGAUCCUAAAUCUGACUCACUGGGGCUAGAGAUGAAAGUGUCACAGGCCUGGAGGGGGAAUUUGAAUGGAUCCCAAACACAGAGUAAUCAUUCUGUGCUUUCAUGUGUGCUUCCAUCUAUUGGCAAAGCUGCUUCUGGGCUUUUUCCUGCAAAGCAUGGAUUGUCUGCAGAUGGGAAGGUUGGCUGCUUUCCCCCCUUGUGAUUAAGCUAAAUCUUUUGUAAGUAACAUGACUCAAUAAUAAUGAAGUGGCACAGAGUGAAGGAAAAUUGAACUGAUCAGAGAAGAAUACAAUGGGAGAAUCUGUUUUGAUUUUGAGUUAUCAGACAUAACCUGCUCUGGAAUUUAAUUUUAUAUGAAAUUGAAAGUGUCUUCCACCCCUCUGUCUUGUGGGUUUUUCUCUCUGUCCUGAAGUCGGUUUGGUCUCAUAAUUGGAUGUUACCUUUGUUUGACAGCAUGUACUUCAGAUUUACUAGGGACUUUGAGACAAAUGACGGUAAAACGAUAAUAUCUUAUGUGUCUUUUCCUCACCCCUGUAUGGUGACAUGGAAGAAGUUCAAGUGUAGUUCAGCCAGUAGGAAAGAAUAUUCCAGCUAUUGGGCAUGCUCCCAAGGAAACAGUAGCAAUGUAAAAUUUCUACUUUGAAACGGUGGAGAACAUCAUAUUGCAAAUUGUGCAACGAACUGACCUGAUCGCAGUUGUUGUGGGUGCAAUAUAAAUUAAUAGCAAGAUAUCCAGUAUCUAGUCUUAAUCAAUUUAUUAAUCAAGGAAUAUUAGUCAAGGAUUAAUACAGCAUAAUACAGAAAGGAAGAGUGCUUAUGUUACCAAUCCCUCUGAAAGACAGGAGUUGCAGUGCUCACACUGUCUUAAAGAUCCUGUGCUUAUCCCUCCUGUAUUUAUACCUAAGUGGGGGGGUUUCACAAUUUUCCCAAUAUCACUUUAUCUAAUAUAUCUUUCUUCUCUAUUUUCUGUGACAUGUUUUUCAUAGACAGUAAUUGCUACACCUUCUAUGUGGGGGGUAUGUUGUAAGUUUCAACAUGGCUUCUAUUUUACAUUUUGACUGUUAUACAGACCCCAUGCAUUAAACAAAAACAGAGAAGCACGUACACAAGACUAGAAUUUUGUUUUGAACAUUCCAGGCCUAGCAUUACCUAUUUUUCUGCUAUGUUUGUGCCUAGCCCUGAUAUUACAAUACUUCACCUAUCUCUUUCUGUAACGUAAAUAAUAAAUUUUGGAAGAUCUUAAGAUGAGGACAAUUCAAGAAAUAUAUAUAUUAUAUAUAAUGUUAAUAUUCUAUGUACUAUUUAAUAUUGGCUAACAUUAUAGAAAUUGCAAACUUUCUCUAACCUAACUUCAUCUUUGUUGUAGUAGCCAGGUAUAUCAUAACACUUAGAAACUGGGUUUUUUAAAGUGCAUUUUACAAGCUUCUUGUACCUUUAGUUUUUGCUGAACUUGCAUUCUCCAGCACAGCUACAAAGGAGAAGUUCGUACAAGGUCACAGUAUCUACCUAUCAUACAGUUUCAGAGCAUUUAACAUGAAUAUAAAGGACUUCAAGUUCAAUACACUUUACAUAAUCGCUAUUGAUUACUUUCUUAUUUUGAUUAUAAAUACCAUUAUUUCACUUACAGUUGCUAUAAUAAUAUAUUUAUAUUUUUAUCAGUAUCACACUUUUAACAGGUUUCAGAGUAGCAGCCGUGUUGGUCUGUAUUCGCAAAAAGAAAAGGAGUACUUGUGGCACCUUAGAGACUAACAAAUUUAUUAGAGCAUAAGCUUUCGUGAGCUACAGCUCACUUCAUCGAACCUUUUACUUAUAAGAACUCAUUUCCCAGUAAAUCUUAUCCAGACAAACCAGUGGUUUGAAAUAAAACAAUUUACAGCCCUGAAUAAUAGUUUUGAUUGUGAGAGCUUAGGUAAGCAAGUUGCAUUCCAGAAUAACGGUCAUGGUAGAACUCAGGUUUCAGUAAAAUUCUGUUCUUACAUUGUAGCUAUAAUUGCACCAGCCCUGCUGUGAUUUCACAACCUGCCUUUUUACACUUUAGUUUAGCUGAAGAGAAUACUGAUUCAAUUCACUCAAAAGCCCAGUUGCAAAUCCCUCUGGUCCAGUUCUGUCAGCUAAUGUUAUGAAGCAUUUUGGGUUUUAAUUUAGUUUGGUAAACACAGUGUUAUUCAGGGUUAUGGCAAUAUAGUUUCAGAUGAUCUGGGAAGUGUUUUCCCCAGUCAGUGACUUGGCACUCUGCAAAAGGCCCAUGGAUUUGGAUCCCAAAGGAAUUGUGGCUUUGCAGGAAGUUACUGUUGAAAAUACUUCCUUCUGAAUCAAGUGCACGCUGCCUGUUAUUUGGGAAGCCCAAUCUGUAGAGAUGGAGAAAAUGGAAGUCUGGCAGCGGGGGUGAGGUUGCAGGCGGAAGGGGUGGAGCCAAGGGUUAGCCUCCCCAAGAGGGGCUCCACCAGCUGCCCAUCAGUAUAUAACUCAAUACACAGCCGCUUCCUUGGGAUCCUGUUUUAGGGUUUAUAAGGGCUGAUGUUCUGCUGUGUUACGCUGAUGAUUUCACCCAAUUGAUGACAAGUUAUUCCAACAUAGUAUCCUUGGUAAUGCGUUAAUUCACUGAUUCAAUCAUAACUGUAUCGUUUAACCCUUAGUUAGCUGCACAGUGUUUGCAGUAAUUUAGCCUUAGUGAUGUGUGGUCUCGAUUUGUUCAUUGUAAUAAACUGUAUAAAAGGGA